GGGAAGAUCAGGAAAGAUCAGGAAAGGUCAAGGGCUCCGUAGGUCUUGAUCAGGCAUGCGAGCAUGGCUCAGAUGACAUCUGCACCUCGUCGGUGCCCGUCACCAACCGAAUGCCAUGAGCUAGGCACCAGGAGCCUAGCGUUGAGAAGCAUAUGCGGAACGACCUUUCCGUAGGAGACGGACUGCGGAAGUUGUAGCGGUCAGACACGUUCUAUGGGCCAUUGAUCCCGAUGGAAAUUACCUCGAUUCUCCUGCCCCCUAUCCGUACCAAGACCACAUCAACAUGGUACUAGCCUUGAUCAAGGGUGGAUAUCAUUCAUCACAGCCCACGAAUGGAUAUACCUCUCCCCCUGGCGAAGGUUUCCACACACCUUCUAAGAGCGGAAAGAUAGCUGGACUGCCACCAUACCCUGGGACGAUUCUUGCGAAGUCCCUUUCUUCACUGCGGCGCAUUUGUGACGAAGAUUUGAGGGGAAAAGCAGCAGCAGGCAGUGAGAUGCCUCCUCGUGUUGGUUGCAACACUUGCUCUUCUCAUGCAACGUCUCGAUGCUUCCUUCCCAUCACCGCUUUUUGCACACGCCAUACACGCCAUACACACCACCACAGACCAUGCCGUACUACCUCACGCACCGCAAUCACCUCCCCCUCCACGCCAGGGUUCACGAUGAGUUCUGCGGGCGGCCCGCCGGUCGCAGACGAGGCGGGCUUCACCAACCUCCUCCGCCAACUACCUUUGAUGGCUUGGCUUGAACCUCGAUCGAGAAGCGGAGUCACGGCCGGUGACUUUGGUGAAUCCUGGCUCUCUUGCUCUGGUACGACGAGCCUUGUGGGAACACCCCCUCAGAGAUUGCAGAAAGAUAUUGCGCAACGGAUUGGACCUCUUGGGGAAAUGAUUUGCCUUCCUGAGCUACGGUCGAAGAGGGAAAGGACACGUUUGCGGAAGAGGGUGUGAGAGGGCAUUCGGCCCAGGCGGGAGAAGAGAGACGAGGAGGAGGAAGGGAAGCGAGACAUUGGUUUGCCCGAGGAAGGUUUGCCAAAGUCUGAGGCCAAUGUCGGCAUAGUCUUUAUCUCCAAGACCCGGGCUGCGUUU